AUCAAGCUGCGUGACUUGACUGGUAACGGAGCAGAGGCGGACCAUCUCCUUAUAGAUAUUUUUCAGCAGCAGGACGAUAUGACCCAUACGGACUUCCCAAUCGUAGAUGCAUUGCGGACUAUUUGUGGAUUAGAGAUUUCCGAGGAUGACCACUACCCCAAGCAAAUCUGUCUCAUUUGUUACGCCCGUCUGGAGGAGGCACAUAAACUACGCCGGCAAUCUCUAAAUUCCCAAACAAUAUUGUCCGAUAUCAUCGCCAAAGCUGAGAGUUACGAUUUGUUCACCGUGGAAGUUGAUGACGAGACGCAAUUGUAUGAGGAAGAGUAUCUUGACGAGCAGAAGUCAUCGGUAGAUUACGAUGAUAUUCUGGUGCAAAAUGUUGAGCUACCGACAUCUCACGAUCAGAUCACUGCCGAUACGAAUGGCUUGCAGUUUCAGUGUUGUGGAUGUGGGGAAAUCUUCCCCAGUGAGAUCAAACUGAGACGACAUUCCAUACGUAAGCAUCGUCCAAAAUUAUCUGUGACCAUUCCGAACGGUAGCGUGCAAUGUAAUAUCUGCUAUGCGUUGUUUACUAGCGAAUGCAAAGUAAAUGUUCAUAAAACAGGAAAGAAUAGUCUGCAAAGGCUAAUAAAAUGCGUUUUUUGUGGGUGUAAUUUUUUGUCCGGUAAAGGAUUAGACGAACACAAGAAGUUAUUCCACUUUGAUGGAUUAUUCAAAUGUUGCUGCUGUGAUUUCCAAGUUUAUGAUAAAAAUGAGCUUCUUAAACAUUCACAUUCUCAUCAACCAAAUAUUGACGAUACGAACGAGGCUGAGGCUCCGGGGAAGUUUCAGUGUUCCGUUUGUGAAGCUCGCUUCAAAACUCUACCUGAAAGACGUUACCACGAACGUUUUCCUUACAGAAAACGUAAAAUCACGAACACCGAAGAAGUGGAUGUGAGCGUUGUUCGUUGUUGUGGCUGUCCCAAGGUUUUUCCCACACUCAAAGCGCUACAAAGUCACCAAGAGGAAGUGCAUUACCCCAAAAGAGAACAUGGAAUCAAUCCAGAAAUGCCGAUUGCGUGCGAUGGAUGCUAUAAGCGCUUUAGGAACAAGGUGGCACUGAACAAACAUUUACACAGAGCCGCAAGUAAAAAGUUAUUCGCAUGUAGCAAAUGUAGCGUAGCUCGACGCAGUCUCAAACAGCUGAUGGAACACGAAGCAACGCAUACGGGUGGAGGUGCCUUCAUUUGUUGCGGCUGCCGGGAAGGAUUCGAGUCACAGGAAGCUCUCGAAUUGCAUUCAUUGGAGGUGCAUGCGAACAGGCCGAAGAUUUACUAUAAUGAUGAUGAUGAUACCGUUCGGCCGUUCGUCUGUAAAGUGUGCUAUCGAAGGUACAAGACAGCUAGGGAUCUACGCGGUCAUCAACGAUUUGUAUACUAUGAAAAGGGUCACAUUUGUGAUAUUUGCGGAAAAGGCUUUUCCCAGGAAAAUACAUUAGCUAUCCAUCUCGCCACUCACAAAACGAAAGCUGAAUUUCCUUGUCCAAUAUGCAAGAAAAAGUACAAACAUGAAUCCAACGUGCGGAAUUGUGUCGCACGCCAUGAGCGGCCAAAAAUACACAAAUGCAAGAUCUGCAACGUGACAUUCCCGGCCGCAUCCAAUCUGUACUCGCACAUGAUCUCGCACUCCGACGAUCGACGGUACAAGUGUAAUGUGUGCGAUCAAUCGUUCAAGCGAAGCUUCCACCUGCGAAAGCACAGAAAUGUGCACAACAGUCAGAAGAACUAUCCAUGCAAAUACUGUACCGCUCGUUUCUGUUCCACUACUGAACUGUACAAGCACGAAAUUCGUCACACCGGAAUGUACCCGUAUGAGUGCAGCAUAUGUUCAAAAAAACUAACCACGCGUCAAGUCUAUAUCAAACACUACGAAGCCCACAUUGAUAGUGCUGAGAAAGUGUUCCAGUGUGAUAUCUGUCCUCAACGUUACAGCAAAGACCAUUUCCUAUCGAACCAUAUAAAGUAUACCCAUCGUAUUGAGCCACAGGAUAAACAUUGGAACGACAAAUUCAAUCGAAGGGGACCGACCCGUAUGAAAGGAGGACUAAGGAUAGCCGGUGUUUUGGGAAAAUAUGGUAGUAAUGAUGGAUCCGGUGAUGAUUUGAAGGAUGUAAUCGAGAGCGAUGUGCUCUCGUGGCCGAGUGGUUAGCGUCACAACUAACAUGCCGGGUGUUCGGGUUCGAUUUCCGUUCUGGUCGGGGGAAUUUUUCGUCAAAGAAAUUGCCUCCGUCUUGCACUGUGGUCACGCGUAUUCUAGAGCUUGCCACUCAGAAUGCAUUCAAGGCGUGUUAUUUGGCAUAGAAAUCUCAACUAAGUACUAAUAAAAAUGACGCAAGUAAUACUACGUUGAGACGGCGAAGUUCCUCUAGGAACGUUAGUGCCAUUGAAGAAGAAGAAGAAGAAGAAGAAUCGAGAGCGAUCAGCUAGAUAUAACAGAAUCAAUGAUAUCGAAGUCGGAAAUGAACGAAUGAAGUUGUUUUUACAAAUAUUUUUGUUUCUGUUUGUGACGCAGAAAAGAAAGUAGAGUCCUUGCAUGAUUUUGUCGUAAUUGGAUUUUUCUGACGAAUAGCAGUUAACAAACACAAAUUACGUAACGCUAAAAAUGCGGAUUUUGGACCCUUCUCCCCUUAGUAACAAUGAGUGACGCAGUGUAUACCCCGCCCCUUAAGUUACGUUAUGCUAAUAUAAUCUGUAUAGAAAGUCAAAUUCCUUUGAUUUUUUUAAAAAUAUUUUAGCUUUAUUAACUAAUGACAAUAUCAAUGUAAAAAAAAGACGGGUGGGUAAUGUCGGGGACAUAACCGGAGUGACGUAGGACUAUACA